UCUCCCUAAUACCACUCAGGGACCAGCAGAUCUGCUCCACCAGACAUCAGGUGAUUGACUACUACAAGUGCACCAUGAAGCUUCUCACAGGCCUGUUUUUUUGCUCUUUGGUCCUGGGAGUCAGUGGUGAAUUCUUUUCAUUCAUUAAAGAAGCUGCUCAAGGAACUUGGGACAUGUGGACAGCCUACACUGAUAUGAAAGAAGCCAAUUACAUAGGUGCCGACAAAUACUUCCAUGCUCGGGGAAACUAUGAUGCUGCCCAGAGGGGACCUGGGGGUGCCUGGGCUGCUGAAGUGAUCAGUGAUGCCAGAGAGGGUCUUCAGCAACUCUUUGGCCAUGGACAUGAGGACUCUGAGGCUGACCAGGAAGCCAAUAGAUCAGGCAGGAGGGGAGAAGACCCCAAUCAAUACCGACCUGAGGGGCUGCCUGACAAGUACUGAGCUUCCUCUGCAUUCUGUCUCAGGACACUGGCUGUGAGCCCCUAAAGGAGAUACGGAGUCACUGAGUUCUGUGUGCACAGAAACUGGUCAAGGGCCCACAGUGGGUGUUCAAUAAAUACAUAAGAGAUGGAAA